AUGUUGGCAUGUCUUGCAUACGAUGAUGUCUGCGAGAAUGUAACAAAUGUGGAAGCUAAGCUCGGCCAAACAGUACAGUUAAAAUUCAACAAAUUCACCGGCAAUAUUGAUAUUGAAUUGAAGUAUCCCGAGAAUGGUGCAAUUUAUCAAAAGGCUAUAAUCAAAGAUGGCAAAACAACAAAAUACGGGAUGGAACGUUUUGGAAAUCGGAUAACCUACAUAAACGGCAGUCUUAUUAUAAGAAAUGUAAAGGAAAGUGAUGCAGCAUCAUAUACAUAUAAAUUAGGUCAUUAUUCACAGAAAAUAAAACUUAUUCUUUCAUAG